AUGACCCACAAUCUGUACGUUGUCGACGCGGAAGGCAGAAGAUCAAUGGAUGCAAGAUCACGUGAGCUUCUGGACAAGGAUUCCAGGGAAAUUCAGACGAUUUUAGUGAUGGGCGGAAUCACUUUCUUUAUUACAAUCGUCAUGUUUCUGUCAAAAAUGGAUAUGUCCGCCGACAAUGUGAUGAAUUAUGCACCAAUCAUUUGGUUAGUUGGAGUGAUGAUCUUCGGAGCAAUUAUCAAUUUUGUGAAUUAUUACAAAAGCAAGAAAAGGCAGAAGGAGUUGGAUAGAAUGACUCUUGAAAGUCUCCUGGUGAACAUGUCACUACCAGAAUCAUUUCCAUGUCUUCUACCUGGUCCACACGAUGAAUGUUGUGGUGGAAGAGGAAUUCCACAACGACCGUUACCAACCUAUGAUGAAGUUUUGGUACUAGAUGAGACGCAACAAAAGCAGUCAUCAACAUCUCCAGACAAUGUAUCUCUAACAGCCCCUCCAGACUACUCGACGGCUCUGUCGAUGCUCCACAAAACCCCUCCGGCUCCAAGAGCCAACGAAUAA